AUGUCGUCUGCAUCGUCGUCGACAGGAUCCCUGGACGAGCGAGCUUAUGCUGAAGAUCAAAUGUCCAUGAUGUCCUCAAGUUUCGAUCCUUCGGAUCCACUUAGUUUUCUACUCAGCCAUGUAUCUCACACUGACUCCAGUACGGAGGAUACGUCGUCCUCAUCUCAAGGCGAGAGCCCGCCCGCCGAUUGGUCCAUGUUUUCAAAUAUCUGGCCGACGCAUGAGGGUAUCGAGGAACAGAGUCAGGCGAAGUUCGACCCCGCAAUGGACUUUGACUUCUCGCUGCCAAUGGACAUGGACUUCAACGGGUCGAUGGCUGUUCAACCCAGCGACCUCCACUUCGAUAACAAGCUCUUCGUCGAGGCCGCGCUUGCUGCACCGACCAACCCGGCGAUGUACUCCCCAGAGUCAUUGGCGCUUCAGUACCCCAUGUACGCGGAUAUGGUUAUCACCGCUUCUCAGGCGGCCCAACACCUUCAAUCUGGGCCGAGGCGAUUGAGUAUCACGUCGUCGUCUUCAUCGUCAGGCGCGUCGCUGUCGCCGGCCAUGGAUCAUGCCGUUACAACCGAACCAUCGUCUGGGGCAAACUUUGAACACCCAAUAGACCCCGCGCACGAGCUCGCGCAACGUGUCAGGCUGGCUGCCGGAGUGACGCUUGCCGUUCCCGUUCAGGGACAAACCCAACACAUACCGCAUUCGACUGAGGUUCAGAAGUUACCUAUUCCCCGCCUUGCUCGCCCGACUCCCCCACCCUCUUCCUCAGUCAAACGUUCCUCUCCGAAGCCGUCCCCAUCUCCGCCUAUACUUCAAGAUAUCUCUGUGCCCUCAUCUGCAGUGUCGUCUCCCCCAGGUUCAGAUACGACUGGCUCUUCUCCCGUUUCCACGCCCUCUGCAACGGCCCCAACACCCACGACUACUGUGAUUGGACGUCCGAAAACAAGUCACACGACGAUUGAGCGACGGUACCGGACCAAUCUGAAUGCGCGGAUACAAAGUUUGAAGAAUGCAGUCCCAGCAUUGAGAGUGCUUGAUCAGAAGAAAGACGAUGGAGACGUGAAAGACGAUGUGGAUGAUAGGGGCUUCGCGGAUGGUGUUAAAGUCGCGAGGAAAAUCAGCAAAGCAAACAGACGCGAGGCACGCCUGAAGCGCGAACAGGACGGGCUACGUUCGCUUGUUUCCGGCCUCGUCGGCGGACCUGCACUUCUGCGAGAAUGGGAGCGGGAGUGGACUCAAAGAUUCGGAGGCGCCGAAAGAGAUGAGGUGGAGAACGACGGAUCUGCGACAGAUGACGAAGGAGAUGAUGGCGAAAGCGAAGAUGGCGGUGACGAGGAAGAGACUGGCCGCGCGCGGAAGAAGCCAAAGGUUUCCAAACCUGCGCCAAAGAAAGAGCGUUCGAGUAAGCCUACUCCCAGCGCGAGUGCAAGCACUGCAACUGCAUCAGGCGUCGUUCCCGAGAAACGAAAGCGAGGCAGACCGCGCAAAGUUCCUAUUCAGCCUAUCUCGCCUGUGGAUACCUCUAUGGCCGGUUUAGCGGUCCCGAUGGAUGUAGGCACCACUGAGCAGCGGAUGAUGCAAAAUUUUGCGCCUGCGCAAGCUCAGGCGCCCGCACCACAACAGUAUCUGCUUGCUGCUUUCGCAUUCUUCUCAUUCUUCAAUUCACCCCUUACAUCGUCGCCACCCUCGUAUGCACAUCACAGUCAUUCUGGCUCUGUCCUCACUUCGCCUUCGUCCUAUGCUACAACAUCGGUUUCAAGGUACGCGUUUGGGUGGCAGGGGCUGAUACAAGCGUUCCACCUUUUGGUGUCAGCGCUUGUCUUCAUCUCUAUCGUAUUCCCGCUCCUGCCCAAGACGCUGCGCAUUGGGCGCCUGUUGUCAUUGACGGCACUUCGGGCCGGUGAUUUGCCGACGCCCCCGCCUUCACCUACAUCGGAGACACCUCUCUCUUCCCGCAAGAAUGAUACUUUCAAUCGUGUCGCACUCAUUGAUGCGCUCUCGCCAUCGUGUCAUGGUAGGCCAGAUGAAGCGGAACAGUUACGGGCGGCGCUGGGCGUAUACCCUGGCGCUAUCGGGUUGGUACAGGGAAUAUUGAAAGGAUGGAAGCGCAGCGGGAGGGGAAUCGAGCGUAUGCAGCUGGAGCAGCGAGCUUGGGUUCGGUUGGGCGAAUUGGUUGCGCUCAAUGACUCAUUGCGAUUCAGCACACGUCUUUCGGCAUACUGGGGCAUGAUCUCGCAUACCUCUUCUUUUUCAGCCUCGACUAUAGAUCUCGUGACACUAGCGCUCAUCAUUUACCCUUUCUCUCACACGAAGGCGUCAGCUCUUUGGGCGAAGGCCAGCAGAGCACGCGUUGUCCGACCUUUUGAGCGUCUGGUUCUGGACCACAUGACGGUGGACGAAGCCGCUUCUCGACUUGCUCAGCUCCGUACCUCCAAGAUCAGUGACACGGAUGUGUGUCGCUUCCCAGACUAUGACCGACACAGCCCUCUUUCCGUUCUCGCGACCUUACUCAUCCGCGAACAGGUACACCGGCAUGCAGCUCUACUCUUCGUGCGCACUGUUCUGCACGAGUCGGCUGAAGACGGUGCUCCCGCCCACGUCUAUGAUGCGAAGAAAGAGCACAGACAGGAACAGGAGCGCCGCAUGUGUAUCGAGGCUGGUAAGUCUAUGGGCGGCCGACCGGCGGAGCUUGCAGCUCUUUUGGAGCGUAUAUGGCAAGCGGGCUUCGUCAAGCACGAAGACAUCUCGCAAUCUCCUUCGGAAGAUCAAGAUGAUGAGUGUGAUGGCGAAGAAGCCGAGAUCCGUACGCUGAUUACCGCCCUCGUAUUGUACCGCCGGCUGUUCCCGUCCGCGCUCGUCCCAUUCUCGGGGACCGGUCGUGGAGGCAUCUCACUUAUCCUUUCGCCGCCGCCCUCACCGUCGAGGAGGAACGCGAAGCUGCACAUGGCUCUGCGUGUCGCUCUCGACUCGGAGGCGUUCGAUUAUGCGGGCGAGGAUGCGGGAGAGAUGGGCGCUGCUCUGGACGACGCGAGGGACCGGGUGGUCGAUAUGUUGGUCGAGGCGGACAGGGCCGCGCGUGUCCGGAGAGGUUGA